UUGAACGAUUUGCUGAUACGUAAAUUGUUUAUCAAAUGUGUUCGGUAGUGUGACUUGUUUCCAGCAGUCUCAGAAGUGUUAAGGUUGCCAUUUAUUAGAGGUGUAGAAACAUACUACUGACUUGACUUUAUUAUUAUUAUAGAAGGAUUCCAAAGAGGUAUCUUAAAUUUAUGAAACUAUGGUAGAAGAAGUUUGUCCGAAUGAAGUGAACCACAUAUAACUAAUUCCAGCUGACCUGGACCCCUCUACUUUCAGCAUAAGUUUGCCAGAUUAAGGCUUCGCAUUCAGGAAUGGGUCGGGAUCGUUUGAACUCACUUCUAACAAAACGUGAAUUCACGGAAUCCCUAGAGAGUCUUCCCCAACAGCAUGAAUACAACGCGUUGCUCAACCAGAAGCAAAUCAUUCAGGAUGUCAGCCAAUUUUCAAAAAUAUCCUGUUGGAUCAGUGAUUUGCAGCAAAACAUUCAGAACAUCGAAGAAGAGCUUACAGGCCGAAGAUCAAUCAAUGUUAGUCAAAAGCUGGAUGACAAUGCAAAUCUGUGCGCCAAGAUUUUCAACGCUGUCAAGGGACUUCAGACAGAUUUGCAGAACCUAAGUAAGCGGAAAGAUGAGAGAGGCGGAGAACAAAGAGAAAACGAUGAUCUGGUAAGCCUGGUGCGCAGUACUCAGUUUAAAAGUGUGAAAACUGCCUAUUUCGAGGCGUUCUGGAGGUUUCGCUCGUUGGUGCAUAAUUACGAGGAAACGGUUAGAAAGCGGAGAUCUGUAGGUUGGUGUGACAGCCAAGCCCAACCUUCACUUAAGAUCCACCUAAGCCCUUCUUAUCUUCUUUUAUUCGUAGAAUCAUCGCAACAAUCCUUGACCUUGCCAUCGCAGUGCGACACCACACAACCGACAAAUACUCUGGGCUACGACUUCGUUGAUGCCAGUCAGUGCUUCUCUCGACGCCACUCCCUAGAUGAACAGAUUCAUUUUACAAAAUCCACCACAAUCCUUAUCGAGGAGGAGGAGGAAACUGCGGCCUUAAAAAUCCAACACCAUGCCGAAGAGGAACGCAAUCAGGAGCUGAAGGCGCUGGAGCGAACGCUCGUCGAAAUGCGGGAUCUGUUUGCGCUGUUCGCGACCCUAGCGAUGGAGCACGGCAGCAUGCUCAAUCUGGCGCAAUCCGAAGUGCAGGAUGCGGCCCAGCAUGUGGCCACCACAGCAGCGGACAUCAAAGAGGCUCACUAUUACUACCGCAAGGUGGGCAGCCGGAAGUGGCUCUGCUUCGAUGUGACUUGCGGCUUGUUGGUGCUGUUGGUAUGUCUGGUGGCGACUGCUAUUUAUUUGGCGAUGAAAAAGUUCUUAUUUUGAACGAA